CGCAUCUUUCUGGCCUUUUCUGGACGACGUCCGUCUCCUGCUUGCUGUCUACUUCUCUUCGAAAACACCCACGAUGCCUCUGUAGCAGGUCAGGUUGGCUUCAUGAUUUCCGCCCGUCCCCUGCAGCCACUGCACUGGUCGCGGUCUCUUGGGAACUGCUGCCAAUGGACGGCUAGCAGGCCAGCCUCGACGUUUGCAGCGCUCUCGUCUCGUCCUCAGGCCAAACUCCAGGUCUACCAGUCCAUCUCCAGCGACCCCUUUGUCAACCUCUCCCUCGAGAACUUCCUCUACGAACACUCCCCGACAGACUCCAAGAUCCUCUUCCUGUACAUCAACAGGCCCUGUGUCGUGAUCGGGCGGAACCAGAACCCAUGGCUCGAGACAAACCUGCGCCUGCUGAGGAGCAGCACCGGAAUUGAAAACAAGGGGGAGGGCGGUAAUACCGUCAAUGAUGGAAGUGCCCUAUUCGUUCGACGACGAUCUGGUGGUGGCUCAGUCUUCCAUGAUGAAGGGAACCUGAAUUUCUGCGUGAUAUGUCCCAAGCCGAUAUUCCAUCGAGAUAAACAUGCCGAGCUCGUGGUGAGGGCAUUGAAGAACGUUGGAGCUUUGAAAACAAGAGUCAACGAGCGUCAUGAUAUCGUUCUCGGUCAGGAUGCCCAGCAAGAGCCGUCUCCUCUGGUAGUCAAGGCUGGGCCUUCAGACCAAGAUGCCGAAAGUCCACCGCUAGAGAAACCCGUUCGGGCCGUCAAGAUCUCAGGUUCGGCGUACAAGCUGUCAAGAUUUCGUGCUUUGCAUCACGGUACCUGUCUGAUUGAUUCGCCAAACCUCAGGCAGAUAGGACUCUUUCUGAAGUCUCCUGCUCGUCCAUAUAUUAAAGCAAGGGGUGUUGAGAGUGUCAGGUCCCCCGUUGGAAACAUAUCCUCCGCCUUGGACGAAUCAGUCCGGCCGUUCCUCAUGCAGCAGAUAAUCGGAGAAAUCAUGAAAGAGUUUGCUCUGCUAUAUAAUCUCGACCGCAAUGCGUUGCGGAAAGCUCAAAGAGCCCACGCCAACGAUCCGGAGCUGUCUUCGGGCGACGACUGGGUUACCGGCAUCUUGACUGACGAAGACGCAAGAAAUGAGCCCGAGGUGUGCAAAGGCAUACAAGAACUACAUUCUCUUGAAUGGAAAUACAACCAGUGCCCCCAGUUUACAUUCUCCACGCAUCCAACAGAGGAAGAUCCCCGGCCUAGGCCAGAGAUAUCACCUGCCCUCUCCCCUUCUGUAUGUCUCAACCCUGCAAGCUCCGCCCCAUUGCCCUUCCCUCCCUCCAUACCAGAUGUAGUGCACGAACUGACUACGAUUGACGGUGUCGUGACUGCAGACCAAGGCGUUCUUCCGAGUUAAAUCCGGUCUCAUCAUUGAAAGUCACAUUUCUACAUCACCAGACCCAGAUACUGCACAGUAUGAAGCAAAAUGUGUUCAUAAAAUCCUGCAUAACAAGCCAUUGCAUGAAAUAUUGGACUGGGCAUCAGUGCUCAGUUCUGCUUCUGCACUUGCCAGCCAAGAGAGUGCACACCCUGGUGCCUUUGCGUCGACGUCUCCAGAUAACGAGCUCUCGAGCCUUGCCAAGUGGCUCGAGAGUAAACUUGGACAUUGAUCCGUCAACAGGUUGACAGAUGUUAUUGACGCUCAAUAUAUGUACAAUAUAAACGACAUUGCUUCACUCACAUUAGACUUGGAUACGAAUAUAGAGUACAUGCUUACGCAAAAGGUCGUGGCAGCUACUUUUACCAUCUACCAACUGGUACUAUCAAUGACAUAAGAGUGUGGCUCAGCAAGCUGCCGACAUACGAGAGGAACUUGCUUACGGGGCAUGGUCAACCAGCAUACCAACGAACCCCCGGGAAAUACAGUACAAAACAACGCACGGAGUAUCGAACCGAAUAACAGAGACAGAGUAAUUCGUUCCACGUAUUUAAUCGGUGUUAAGAAGCGCCUCUUCAACUGGGGAACCAUGCCUGUAAUUUUAUAUAAAAACAAAACUCCAUCAUAAAUGCAUGCAGGCAGGAUCUUACUCUUUGUUUCGUAUGCCCUCGUGCCCUUAUGUACCUAUAUAUUUCCAUCCCAUUUGGAAUCUUUCAUAUCUUUCAUAUAAUACUCCGUGCGCAAUAUUCCCCGGGAUACGAAGACACGGCAUGGGGGCGUUGCUAUCUUGCUCCCGUCUUCAGGAUCUCUUUAUAUUGCGGCAUAUAGCCACGAUCCCUAUAGUUAACAGGGAUAGUCAAACUACCUCUCGACCUUCGCUAACUCAUACACAGGCAUGCCAACAUGACGAAGCAGAUCCCUCUAAACAGUUACGGGAGCAGUUAACAAGCCUGCUAAUUCAAUACCUAUGGCUGGAUUCCCCUGCCUGUCCGCCUAGCUGACUGGUUACGAGUGCGCGGGCC